GGGAGAGAGAGGGAGGAGGGGGAGAAUCCAAUCCGGUUUUAGCUAGUUUCUGUUCUGAUGGAACAUUUAUGCUAGCUACACUGUGUAACAAGGUGCUGUUUGAAUCUCACUGAGCACACGGUGCACAGCAAAAUUUUGGUCUCUCCGCUACAGAGCUGUUUUUCUCCAUUUUGUUAAAAAGAACAAAACAAAAGAAAACCAACCAUGCCGAAAAGACCCAUACCCACUGAACCUGAACCUGAGCCCAAAAGAAGAUCUGCACGAUUGCAGGAACACAAGCCAGCAGAGCCCAAGCCAAAGAAGGCACCUGCGAAACCUAAGAAGUUCAAGGAACCGGAGAAGCCCAAGCCCGUGGAGGAGGUGGAGCAGAAGAAGGAGGAGGAAGAGGAGGACGUGCCCGCAGAAAACGGAGAGGCCAAAGCUGAGGAGGAGGCGCCCGCACCAGAGGAGCCCGAACAGAAAGAGGAGGAGGAAGAAGAGGAGGAGGAGGAGGAAGAGGAGCCCGCAGCAGAAUAACAUCCUCACCACAUCUUUUACCAGUGCUCUCCCGUACCUCUUUUCUUGUACAAUUCAGAGGAAUAUUUUUAUCAACUAUUUUCUAAAAGCAGGUUUUUUAGUAGUUUGAUUGUAGAAACGCAUUUUUUUAAAAAACGACAAAAAUGACAUGCACACGCUCACACAUCUGGAGAGGGAUCUCGCCUCAUCUGUGCAUCUCUGGACGGAAAGAUAUGGUCAUCAGAUUGGUCAGCGGUUUCGGUUUUCAUGUGUGGGGGAGGGGAGGUUGCAGCCUUUGAAAACAUGUAAUCGUGUCGUUUUCAGGAAACUGUUGUACAACUGGGAGAUCUUGCCUGAGUGACUAACAUUCCAUAGGCUGUAUAAGGGACAGUAUAUGUAACCUGUAUCGUAUGGGGCGGGAGGGAAGGGGGGAUUACUCAAGUGGGUUAUGCAUUGUUUUAUUGUUCAUAAUGAUUAAAAAAAAAAAAAAAAAAAAAGGUUUUAGAAUGUUUGUAAGCUGUGCUCUAUAAAUGUUAACUCUUACUCAUGCAGUUUUUCAGAAUCUGCAAACUCAGUAAUAAACCUGUUCCCUAGUAAUGGAGUUCUCUAAGGCCUGUACAUUGCCUGUAUUGGUUUUGUCUCAUUGUUUGGUGAUAGCAUUGCAAUAACAUUGUAUAGCUGCUGUGAAAAAGGAUUUUCAGACUUCUAUAUGCAGUAUGUAUUGGUACGUUGAGGAUGAUGAAACAGAAUAUUCCUGUGUUCUUAGCGAAGCUAAUGACAUGGCAUGCAUUACAGUGUUAAACAUACUGGUUAUAACUGUUCAUUGAAAAGGACACUGAAGCUAAUGACUGUACUUUCACUGAAUCUGUCAAGUGAACAAACCAGCAGCAGCAAUAUUUACCCAUGUGGUUUUUAGGUAACAAGUACAAGUGUACAGUUUUUUUCUUUGUAGCUGUAUCUGUGUAUUGAUUGGUAUAAACAAACCAAUAAAGUGUUGGUUGUAA